UAUUUAUAGUUUGUCAUGUGACGAAAACUUUAAAAAUGGGAGACUAUGGAAGUAGAUAUCACUAAUUUACGAAUGGACCAAGCAGCAGCAAAUGGUAGUGGAUCGGCGAGUGGGAGUAGAGACUCCAUUGACUCAUCUGAUACUUAUUCUAAAUAUGGAAUAACAAAUAUACCCAAGACAACGGUGGUUACCCCAAUAGGACAGACAAAAACAUUUGCAGGACUAAGUGCAAAAGAAUGGGUGUUCCUACUUUUCACCACAGUGAACAUACUAGCAGCUAUUGGAUUAACUGUAUAUAGGCUGGUUAAACUAGUGGACGAUGGUCAAUCUGGCACUCCAGACUUCACAUUUAUUAUUUUACUUCUUCUAAACUCAGCAUUUUGUUUGUUUUAUGCCUACCAUGGUGUAUUACGGGAGAGAGUGUACGAGAUGUAUGCCCUGAUGGCAGCUGUUUUGGUGGUAAUGGUUUACUGUAUUGUGGAAUACAUUUUGAAUAACGACAGUAGGACCACAUUAAAACUCAUUCGUCUAAUACUGAUCUGUGUUCUAGCGCCACCAAACAUUUUAUUAGCUUGGUCAGUGGCUAAACAUUUUGGGUAUCUUCAAUUUAGGAUCGUUGGGGCAUCAGAAUACUUACAAUAUCUAUAUAACCAGGCAUCAUUAUUUUCAUGUUUACUAAAGUUUGAUGUACAGGUCACAGCCAGCAUUGUAGUACUUAUUUUAAGAAAUGGGACCAAAGUUAAAUUGUUGGAAGAGAUAAUCUUAGGAGUUGGUAUUCCAUAUGCUUUGGGAUGGAAUAUUCUGGGAUGGUUUGUUUUGAGAAAAGAGUUAUCAAAGGGUGCCAUUGUAUUUGCAAUAUUUGGGUUGGCCAAGCCAACAUAUUAUAUUUAUAAGAUUGUUGAGGAAUAUAUGGACAUACAUGAAACUAUCAAAGAAUUAGGAGACACAAUAGUAUAUUCAACAAUAGCAGCAGCACUUCUAGCAAUAUUUGUGUGGAUUGUAUUGAUGGUUGAGCUGUACAAGGUGUAUAAAAACUUUGGUAAAGGCCUGAAAGAAAGAGCAUAUGAUGUUUUAGCAACAGAGCGUACAAGUUUGAUCACAGGAAGAAGGAUAAGAAGAUAGACUAUCACAGGAAGAAGGAUAAGAAGAUAGACUAUAAUGGAACAGCCUUUCUUCUCUUAUUAUGUAUAUAGCUAUAAAUGAAAGAAAGAAAAUUCUGAACAAAUCUUUGUAUUGCAUUCAGCCUGUGUUCUAUUUUGUAUGUGCCAUCAAGUUAGAUCAUAUAACACUAACAAAUAUGUUAACCAUGCAGGAUAAUCCUUUCAACUUUACCUCAUAGCAAAAAUUCUCAUGUCCAAAUACAUGUAGUUGCAUUGCUCUCUGUUUUAGCAGUUUCAGCUACAUGAUACUCAAAGUGUCAAAGUUUGUAUAAUGGUAUUUUGAUAUAUAAUGCUAAAUAGUAUAGUAUACGAUACUCAAAAUGUAAAAGUUUGUAAAAAUUAUACUUUAAUAUAUUAUGCUAAGUAUAGGGAGUUGUAACCAUAAUGCAAUUUAAAACAAAAUCUAAUCUACAAAUAUGCAGAUUCAAUGCAUGAAAAUGUCAGUGAAACAAAAAAUCUGUUUUUUGUGACUUUUGAUUUUUUUUUAUAAAUGCUAAAAAUAUAGUGGUCCAAAGAUAUAUUAUAUUAAAAGACUUAAUUGGAAAUCACCAAACUAAUAUUUACAUAAGUAUCUGGCCUUGCGGUCAUAAAACUUUCGAGCACGAUUUUUGUACUCAGACUCAAGAAUCAACCAAUCAAAAUGCUGGAUUUUGUGAUUUGAGCAUGAUUUUUAUGCUCGGAGCACUGAGCAAAGUUUUAUGACUUUAACCUCUGAAGUAUCUCUCAAACACAUAAUGCAUUUCAUAUCUUAGUUAAGAAUAUAUUCAAGGAAAUGGGAGACAAUCCAAUUUAAAUAAUGACCCAUUGGCUAUUACAAAUAUUUCAUGUAUAUAUUCUGUGUAUGUUGAAGGCCUUGUGGUAAUAAUGUGCAUAUAAUGGCUUAAUUUUAAACUUUGGUGGAUAGUUGUCUCAUUCACAAGCAUACCACAUCACUUAUAUUUAUAUUAGUAUUUUGAAUAAGCUCUGUUUCACAUCUGAAAUCUUCUUAAGAAAACAUUCAUACUGAAAUAACAAAACAAGUUACAAAAUUUGAUGUUUUUUUUUGUGAGUGAACAUGUUAACUAUUGCAUUUAAAUUGAAAUGACUGUAAUAAGAAUGAUGUAUUGUUAAUUUUAUCGGAUAGAUUUUUUACAAAUAAUAUGUUUUAUUAUAAACAUGAUAAAACUUUCUAUCUAUGUUGGCAAUCAGGGUGAUUUGUAAGGUUUGAGAGGCUUUCUCUAAAAUUUAUACACACUAUAGAAAUAUACAUCACAAUUGUUUUGAUAGCUCUUCAUGUGUAUUUAUACAUUAUAUUAUAUUUGCUUUAUACAUGCGUUAAAGAUUCUAGCCAUUUACAUAGUUUAAAAUAGUUUGAAUUAUUGUUGUUUGUCUAAUACCACUAACAGUAACCUGUUUUCAUAGGCUAUGAAUUAACAAUAUGAAGGGUAUAUAAAAUCCCCAUUUAAAAGGCAAUGAAAAACAUAUACUGUAUGUGAGGCAAAUAAAAAGCAUAGACUUUAUAUAUGCAUAAUGCUUACAAUAAUUGUGCAAUUUGUGUUUUAAACAAACUACUAUGAUAUUUUUAAUGAAAUAUCUUUCAGGACUAAUGUUUAGUCAUUUGAAGAAAAUUGUUCAAUAUUUUUUAACACAGAUAUUAAACUUUUAUUUAUUAUUAUUUGUUUUUAAUUUGUAUUUAUUUAUUGAUUGAUUGAUUUAUUUAUAGAUGUAUUAGAAAUCAUUCUGUGAUAGUUUCCAUUUUGUCAACUAUUUUAUAGAAAAUUCUCUGAUAGGUUUAAUAUUAUAUCUUUUUUUAAAACAAAAUCUACAGCAAAUACCAGAAAUGUGUUUCUACUGCAUAUACCCUCAUUUGUUCAUUUUACAGGGAUGACAAUAUUGUUAUUUUAUCCAUAUUUUUUUUUUAAAUGGUUUCAACUGAACUUAGAUUUCAGUUAAAAGGAUUCUAAAAUUAUUCUCUUAUAGUAUAGCUAAAAUAUUUUGUUGUCAUGUUAAACUUGCGUUGCUAUCAUUUGGACAUUUCGAUCAUUAAGCACGUUAUUAACAUAUGGACUAUUGUGAUUUAAGCAUCCAGAACUAAUUCUAGUUUUAAGUAAUUAACAAUUGGAAAGAAAACAUGACAUUUUAAAGAAAUUAAUUUUCUUCUACUAUCCUUAGGCGCAGAGUCAAUUUGGAAUGGGGGGAGGUCCAGGGAGACUGGUAGUGAUUGGGGGAUUAUUUCACUCGGCCCUUGCUCUGGGCCUGACAAGUUCUACAAUUUGCAGGUUUGGAAAAUGUGGUUAGUGGUAUCUGGUGGGGUCUACAGAUGGGUAACGCUGGGACCUCCUCCACCUCAUCUUAUAGAGGGGAGGCCUUCAUCUGCCAACAGGUGGGGCACUUAUAACUGGAGCAUUGGUAAUACAAUUGUUUUUCCCCGGUCACUCCCCAUGGUAGAUGGUGGUGUAACCGUGUUUAACUACCAGGGGUUUUAUGACACUAUGUCAACAUAGGUCAGCUGAUAGCCAUUGUGUUAGGUAAUCGGUAGUCACCCUGGCGCCUCGACAAAAUAUUAUAGAAUACUCUGUAGCCAAAGUAAUGCCACAAAGUAAAAAAUGUAUAUUCUAGUCAUGAAAAUGUAAAUACAAGUUGGUGUAAUAAAAUGUAUGUUUAAUUCAAUGGAUUGUUUUUGUAAUAGUUGUAAAAGUUGUAAAUGAAAAACAGAGGAUGGAACCUCUACACAAAUGAGUAUAGUAUACAGAAAGUCUGUAUCAUGUUAAUUUUGGUAUUUGUGAAUUACUGUAAAACAACAGAUAAAGAGAGACAACUCUAGAUUAAUUUUAAUCACUUUGUGAUUAAAGGAAGGACUUCAACAUAGUUUAAAAAAUACGUCAACAACCCUUGAUCGUUGUUCUUCAUCUCAUUGUUUUAAGUUCAGUAUUGAUAUAGGGUCUUCUUCUAUGAGUAUUGCAAUUAAUUUUUUUGUCAUGCUUUAUAGCUAGCAAGUAUUUAUUUUUAUUGAAGAUUCUGCUAUUACAUACAUAAUUUUGAAUAUUUGUGUAUUUUGAAAACAUGUACAUACCAUAUUGUUGCAUAAUAUAUAGGAAAGAAAUGAUAUUUUUUAAUAGCAAAUAAUUUGAUUUUGGAUGUAAUGCAUCUUCUGAUUGGCUGACAUUAUUUUGUAAUGAGCCCAUAGACAUAAUUUAGUCAUUUGACCGUGA